AAUAGAGAAUGAAAUUUCUGAUCCAUAUGGAGUAAUGAAUGAAAGCUGGGAGGGGUAAUAAUGCUUGAAGCAUCAAACAAAUAGAUAUUUGUACUUACACUCUUCCUUCGUUUCUUGAACUGAAAUUGAUUAUUCCCUACGCUUAGCACAUCCUCACCAUAAAUUUAUUACAACCAGCUAGCUUUAUAUAAAUGGAUGAGUCAUGGACAGAAUAUACAUUGAGUGAGCUUUCUGCUCUGUGAUUUGGAACAAUACUUCUCGAUGACAGGACCUUGCAGAUUUUUAGCUCCACUGGUGCUCCUAAUAUGUUGUUUUGCAAUUUAUGCUGAAUCUCAGAGACAGGCUUAUGUAGUUUACAUGGGGUCUUCCAAUGGUGCUGAGAAAGGCUAUCUCAAAUCCUCCCAUCUAAACAUGCUAGCUUCUGCUGUCAGAAGUUUAAAGGUGGCUAGGCAGUCUCUGCUAUAUUCAUAUUCCCAUUCCAUCAAUGGGUUCUCUGCAGUUCUCUCUGAAGAACAAGCCCAAUCAAUUGCUUCAAUGGCGGGAGUUGUUUCAGUAUUUCCCAGCAGGAUGCACAGUCUGCACACUACAAGAUCAUGGGAUUUUCUGGGUUUGGAUGCAGACUAUGUGGGAGGAAGUUUAGAAUCUCGAUUAAAUGCUCCUGCCACAAGUGAUGUGAUUAUAGGCUUACUUGACACAGGUGUGUGGCCCGAAUCCGAAAGCUUCAAUGACGAAGGAAUGGGACCCAUUCCUGAUAAAUGGAAAGGGAAAUGUGAUCUAGCCGAUGAUUUCAAUUCCUCUAAUUGUAACAGAAAACUGAUUGGGGCUCGUUUCUACGGCGAUGGAUCGUCUGUGUCUACAUAUCAUGAAGCAAACUUGCCUAUUUAUAAGGGUCCCAGUAAUGAUAUGAAUCAAUUUUCAAGGCCAACUGCAUCUUAUGGAUCGGCAAGGGAUUCCCAGGGACAUGGCACCCACACUGCUACAACUGCAGGAGGAAGAGCAGUCACAAAUGCAAGUUACUAUGGUUUGGCAAAAGGAGUUGCCAGAGGAGGAGCCCCACUUUCUAGAAUUGCUGCCUAUAAAGUGUGCUCUGAAGAGGGAUGUUCUGAUGCAGACAUACUUGCAGCCUUUGAUGAUGCAAUCAAGGAUGGUGUAGACAUUUUAUCUCUUUCUCUUGGUGGUCCUUCGUUUCUGACCCCAAAUUUAUUGACAGAUGGCAUAGCCAUUGGGGCAUUUCACGCAGUACAGAAUGGCAUCCUGGUUGUUUGCUCUGCUGGGAAUGACGGACCUUACUCUUAUACAGCAGUAAAUACUGCACCCUGGAUUUUGACUGUGGCAGCAAGUACUGUUGACAGAUUUUUUGAUUCCAAGGUGGUAUUGGGUGACAACAAAACAUAUGAGGGACAAGCAUUGAACUAUUUCAAGCUCAAUGAAAGCUCUUAUCCCAUUGUUUUUGGAGGGGAUAUUGCAGCACCUAAUAUUUCCACCGGUUCUGCAGGGCGUUGCAUAAGCGAUUCUUUAGACGCAACGAAAGCAAAAGGCAAAAUAGUGUUAUGUGUUCAGAAUGAGGUGGACCAAAGCAGACAAUCGAAGAGUUACAGUGUUCAAAGUGCAGGUGGCGUGGGAAUGAUCAUAGCUGAUGACAAUAACAAGUUCUUCCCCUCUAUUUAUGCUUUUCCUGCCACUCAAGUCUCAAAGGAUGAUGGAAAGAAAAUCCACGCUUAUAUCAGAUCUACCAAUAUAGCAAGUGCAACCAUUCUUCCAGCAGAAACGCUUGUAAAGUUCAAGCCUGCACCAGUUGUUGCCAAAUUUUCAGCACGGGGCCCCAGCAAACUUACCGAAAACAUUCUCAAGCCGGAUAUUGCUGCCCCUGGAGUGAACAUCUUGGCCGGAUGGACGAUGUCAAGCCCCUAUAGUGAUCCACCACUGGGGGAAAAUCCUUCCCCCUACGCCAUAAUCUCAGGGACCUCCAUGUCCUGCCCACACGUCAGUGGAGCUGCAGCCUUCGUAAAAUCUGUCAAUUCCAAUUGGAGUGCCUCUGCAAUCAAAUCUGCACUCAUGACUACAGCAACUACCACAAACAAUGCAAACACACACAUAACGAAUGACACAGGGUAUGCUGCCACAGAAUUCGACUUGGGAACAGGAGAGCUAAAUCCCAUGAAUGCGUUGGAUCCAGGACUAGUGUAUGAAAGUGAUCCAAAUGAUCAUUUCUUGUUCCUAUGCUACUUUGGAUACAACCAAACUCAAAUUGGUACCAUCUCUGGAAACAAAUCUUUUGUCUGUCCUGCUGAAUCUAGCACAGAUCUCAUUAGCAAUCUUAACUAUCCCUCAAUCGCUAUAGCCAAAUUGAAUGGCACCAGGUCACUGGUUCGAACCUUGACAAAUGUGGGUCCUCCCAAUUCUACAUAUAAAACAACUGUUGUUUCGCCUCAAGGUGUAAGUGUGACAGUAUCUCCUGAAGAACUGGUGUUUUCAACAAAUAAGAAGAGCAUUACUGUGAAUAUAGAGUUGAAGGUGACACAGACUCCAAGUGCAUCAAUUGUCAAAAACUAUGUGUUUGGAAGUUUGAGCUUCUCUGAUGACACUCACACAGUCACUACACCCAUUAUUGUUAAUCCCGUUUCUAUGUAACAUUCAUUCAUGAUGUCUGUUUCUGAGUAACAUUCAUUCAUGAUGUCUGUUUCUAUGUAAUAUUCAUUCAUGAUGUUACAUAAUCAACUGUUACGAGCUGAAUAAGGCAGUUGAAUAAAAUCCAAGGUUAAUCAUGGUCA